GCCGUCGCAGCAGCUCCUCUUCCUCCAGUUCCAGCUCUAGCAGCAGUUGGGAGCUCAGUUCAUUGCGAGAGCAUAAAAAACCAUCAGUGCUUGUUGUUUACCGUGUCACCUAUACAAACGGUACCAAAUACGGCCUCCUGUUUAUGGGGUAUGGAGACUUGGACACUCCUAGGCCCAAGAUAGAAGUAGUUGUGUCAAACACCUCAGAACCAAACAAACCACAAGCCUUCAUGGAAGCCGGAUUCCUGAACCCUCACAAAGCAGUGGCCGUUGUGAAAUUUGGCCGGAACUGCAACCAGUAUGAGAUUAAAGCAACAGCUGAGACUGGCUUGUUUGAUUAUCAUCCAGCUUUGCAAAUGAAGGUUGACUAUGCCCGAGUUCCUUCAUACAUUAAGAAGUUUGGAAAUGACUUUUCUUCCAUGAUCUUGGAAAUGCUUUUCAUGCUUCACAGCUCACAGGAAGAGCGGAGAAACCCCUCUGGCCAGGUCAAGAUUAUUACAGUUGCCAGUGCUUCACCAAAGUAUGAUGUAAUUCUCAAAACACCACAUGCAAUCACCACUGUCCCAAAUGUCCUGCUCCCCUGGUCACUCUCUGAGGAUGAGUUUAACCCAGCCAAGCGUCAACUAAGCUUGCUAGAGUUGAUCACUAACCCUACCCACAAAGGUGUUUGUAAAGUGUAUCAUAACAAUCUUAUAACCUUUGAUGGAGCUGAAAUCCAAAUUCUUCAGGUUCCAAACUGCCCUCUGAUUUUGGCUAAGUAUCGUUAUGAGGGCAAGCAGUUCUCUGUGAUGAUGAUGCAGCGAUCCAUCAAUGAUCUCUCAACAGACCUUAUAUUUGAGAAUAAUGGCCGAGAAAUUAGAUUGACAAUAAGAGAUGGAAGAUAUCAAAUAGAAUUUGAUCAUGUUGCAGUGCCCCUGUCAUCUUUUCCACUCCACCUCAGACAUGAUGCAGACAUUACCAUCAAAGAGGAAAAUGGUCAACUUGUACUCGAGGCUGCUAAACAAUUAACUUGCUACUAUGAUGGACAAAAUAUCACGAUUGAAGCAAACCCCAAAAUGCAAGGAGAACUACAGGGGUUAUGUGGGCGAUUUGAUGGUGAGCAGGAAUUCCGAACUCCAAGUGGAUACACAGCUAAAAAUGCAUGGAGCUUUGUUCAGUCUUGGGUGCACACUGAGGGACCCUGUGAUGAAGACUGCAACCUGAAACACUCACAUGUGAAACUUGAAAAUACAAUCGAGUACCUGGGUGAACAAUCAGAAUGUUUCACUGUUCAGCCUGUGCUGCAGUGUCGUGCGGGCUGCUUAGCAACUGCUACCACUUCCAUUCCUAUUGCUAUGCAUUGUCUGCCAGCUGGUUCCACAACAAACUUACUUGAUACACAGAUGAGACUAGAGCAGAAGUCUGAAGAUCUGGAGCAUUUGGUUGAAGUUCACAGGUCGUGCUCUUGUGAAAAUAAACGUUGUGCCUCAUAAGUUUCUGGCCCAGCAAAUUAGAAACCUAUAGUGUUGUGUGCAGUCAGGAUGUUUAUUCCAGGCAGUCACACAAAUCAUAAUUUAAGUAUUUUAAAAGUCUUACUAAAUCUUCCUGAAGAAAUCUGACCUUGUAAAGAAAGUCAAACCAUUUCCUUGUAGAAACAAGGUUAAGUAUUAAUGAAAUAUAUGAUUUCCUAAUAAAC